AUGGAGCCUGAAAUAAACUGCUCUGAAUUUUGUGACAGUUUUCCUGGCCAGGAGCUGGAUCAGAGACCCCUUCAUGAUCUCUGCAGGACAACAAUUACCUCUUCCCAGCAUAGCAGUAAGACGGUCACUUCAUUGUCUCCUGCCCUCUUGGGUGUUAUUUGGACUUUUCUCAGCGGUGGACUACUUUUGAUACUCUUCUUCCUUGCCUUCACAAUUCGCUGCAGGAAGAACAGGAUUGUGAAGAUGUCCAGUCCCAAUCUGAACAUUGUGACCUUACUGGGCAGUUGUCUGACUUACAGUAGUGCUUACCUCUUUGGGAUUCAAGAUGUUUUUGCAGGGAGCUCAAUGGAAACUCUCAUUCAGAUAAGACUGUCUCUGCUGUGCAUUGGGACCUCCCUUGUGUUUGGCCCUGUUCUGGGGAAGAGCUGGCGACUCUACAAGGUGUUUACCCAGAGAGUCCCAGACAAGAGAGUGAUUAUCAAAGACCUGCAGUUGCUGGGGUUGGUGGCAGCCCUGGUGAUGGCUGAUGUGAUCCUGCUCAUGACAUGGGUGCUGACUGAUCCCAUUCAGUGCCUCCAGAUCCUCAGUGUCAGCAUGACGGUGACAGGGAGAGAUGUGUCCUGCUCUUUCACCAACACACACUUCUGUGCUUCACGGUACUCUGAUGUCUGGAUUGCUCUCGUUUUGGGAUGCAAGGGACUGUUCUUGCUGUAUGGUGCCUACCUGGCUGGCCUGACAGACCACGUCAGCUCUCCUCCUGUGAAUCAGUCCCUAACAAUCAUGGUUGGGGUCAACCUCCUGGUACUGGCUGCAGGGCUGCUCUUUGUAGUCACCAGAUACUUGCACUCCUGGCCCAACCUCGUCUUUGGACUCACAUCUGGAGGCAUCUUUGUUUGCACAACCACAAUCAACUGCUUCAUCUUCAUUCCUCAGCUGAAGCAAUGGAAGGCAUUUGAAGGGGAAAACCAAACAAUCAGACACAUGGCCAAAUAUUUCAGUACUCCCAGCAAAAGCUUGCAUACCCAGUUUGGUGACGAACAGAACUGCCACCUGAGAGGAGAGAAGAGCUCCAUGGAGAGGCUCCUCACAGAAAAAAAUGCUGUGAUUGAAAGCCUGCAGGAACAAGUAAACAAUGCCAAAGAGAAGCUGGUGCGGCUGAUGUCUGCUGAGUGCACCUAUGACACCCCAGAGUGGGCUGUCCCACCCACCUCUUUCCAGGGCCAGGAUGCCCCAGCUGCAGCCUCUGCUCAUGACCUGAUAGCUCAAGGACCUUCAGAAUGCCCCUCUGCCUCUCAGGAUGAUGUGGGCAAAGCUACCCAAGACUCCCAGUGCACCUCAGCGCCCUCCCCACACAUGCAGAGCCUCAGGACACCUGCAAGGGACACCAGCUCCUCCCCAGGCCAGAAAAUGCCUGACUUGAAAGACUUUUCUGAUCAUCCAGACUUGGGUUGUAGCCAGAAGCCACAGGCUGAGCAAAGACAAAGUCCAGAAAGAGAAGACCAGGGACCUGAGGCCCCCAGCCAGAGUGUCGUACUAAGUGGAGGGGCCUCUGGUCUCCAGAGACAAAGGCAGGGCUCAGAGGCUUCCCCAGAGAGAGUACCUAGGGUCAGUUCAGCAGUCAGGGAAAAGCUUCAGGAAGUCUUACAAGAGCUGGACCUGGGCUCUGAGGCCCCCCUCUCUGCCUCCCCAUCUCGUCCUCGGCAGCUCUGGAAAAGCAGUGCUGCCCACAGUCCCCAAAAGAUGCCCCUUUCCAGGGAGCUGGGCUUCAGCCCAUAUGUAGUGAGGAGGAGGCGGGCAGCUCAGCGGGCCCGCUCACACUUUUCUGGCUCUGUACCCUCCUAUGUGUGGCAUCAGGCAGACAGGACUGUUUAUGGGGCACACAGUGGGCUGAAUGUGCAGAGUGGGGACAACCGCAGGCUGUACCUCCAAACUGCUGAUUCUAAGGUACUAAGGCUUUCUUCCAGGAAGCCUUUACUACUCCCAGAUCCUCAAGGGAGGCCAGGGCCCCUGGAGGGCAGCAAACACCGGACAGAGCCCCAGGGGGCUGAAGAGAGCCAAGCAGCCUUUCCUCACCAGCCUUCUGCCUCUUCCCAGGCACAGAGUCCCACUGCCCCAUGCCUUCCCCGCUCACCAGACCUGACUGAGCAGCAGCAGCUUCAGCCCCCAGGUUACCCUGGCUGUCCCUUCCUGUCUUCUCAGUGCAACUACCUUGACACUGAGUCCAGCAGCUCAGAUGAGUUCUUCUGCCGCUGUCACCGACCCUACUGUGAGAUCUGUUUCCAGAGCUCUUCUGACUCCAGUGACAGUGGCACAUCAGACACUGAUCCUGAACCUGCUGGGGGGCUGGUCUCCUGGGAAAAACUGUGGGCCCGCUCCAAGCCCAUUGUGAACUUCAAAGAUGACUUGAAACCCACACUGGUAUAA